GGGAAGGGUGUAGGAGCAGGAGGGCCUGGCUCAUGGGGGAGCCAGUCUGCGGGUGCUCCCAGAGGCCCUGAAACCAGCAGGCAGCCUUGCUGGCCCCAGGGUAGCUGCCAGGCCCUGGCACCCUGACCUGGGACAGGGAUGGGAAGAGCUGCCCCUCUGCUAGAGGAGCAGAGCGAACCCCUGCCUGUGGUGCUUGCAGGGGUUUGGGGUGCAGGGAGUGCCCCAUGGAGAUGACUGCAGCCUCGUUUCACCCAACCUCUUGCUGGAGAUGUUGCUCACCGCAGUCCACAUCGCUGUAGUCGACCUCCUGUAGCGUCACCACCAGCCACUCUCAUUGGCAGGGCAUCCUGGGGGGUUGAACAGAGGAGGGAACAAGAAACCCAGGAAAGGUUUUCAAGAACUCCCUGAGAGGGAGUUACAGAGGGCAGCAGCAGGAGGAAAAGCCUGGCGUGGGGCUGUAUCUCUCUCCCCGAAGGUAGCAACCGGGCUGUAGCCUCUCACCUCCACGGCCCGUUGAUGUGGCCACAAAAAGCUGCGGUCAAAGCCACCUGGGCCUGCCAGGAGCCUACUCCUGGAGAGGGGAGUGUGCCCCAAGGACGGCCAUGGAGAAAAUGGCCUGGGCCACCACCGCCCUGGGGGGCAACGCCCUCACGGGACGGACCAUGUUCUGCCACCUGGAUGCCCCCGCCAAUGCCAUCAGCGUGUGCCGCGAUGCCGCCCAGGUGGUGGUGGCUGGCCGCAACAUCUUCAAGAUCUACUCCAUUGAGGAGGACCAGUUUGUAGAGAAGCUGAACCUCCGUGUCGGCCGCAAACCCUCCUUGAACUUCAGCUGCGCGGAUGUGGUUUGGCAUCAGAUGGACGAGAACCUGCUGGCCACCGCCGCCACCAACGGUGUGGUCGUCACCUGGAACCUGGGCAAGCCAUCCCGCAACAAGCAGGACCAGCUCUUCACUGAGCACAAGCGCACCGUCAACAAGGUUUGCUUCCACCCCACCGAGGUCUACAUGCUCCUCAGCGGCUCCCAGGACGGCUACAUGAAAUGCUUCGACCUGCGCAAGAAGGACUCUGUCAGCACCUUCUCUGGCCAGUCGGAGAGCGUGCGUGACGUCCAGUUCAGCAUCCGGGACUACUUCACCUUCGCCGCCACCUUUGAGAACGGGAAUGUGCAGCUGUGGGACAUCCGCCGGCCAGACCGCUACGAGAGGAUGUUCACGGCCCACAACGGGCCUGUCUUCUGCUGCGACUGGCACCCAGAGGACAGGGGCUGGCUGGCAACAGGUGGCCGGGAUAAGAUGGUGAAGGUGUGGGACAUGAACACCACGCGGGCGAAGGAGAUUUACUGCGUGCAGACCAUCGCCUCUGUGGCCCGGGUGAAGUGGCGCCCGGAGUGCAAGCACCACAUUGCCACCUGCUCCAUGAUGGUGGACCACAACAUCUACGUCUGGGACGUGCGGCGUCCCUUCAUCCCCUCCGCCAUGUUUGAGGAGCACAAGGAUGUCACCACAGGCAUCGUGUGGCGUCACCUCCACGACCCCUAUUUCCUCCUGUCGGGCUCCAAGGACAGCACCCUCUACCAGCACAUCUUCAAGGACGCCAGCCAGCCCAUUGACCGGGCCAACCCUGAGGGGCUGUGCUACAGCCUCUACGGAGACCUGGCCUUUGCUGCCAAGGAGAGCCUCAUCUCCUCUGACUCCAACCGCAAGCCCUACAUCGGCGACCGGCGUCACCCCAUCUUCUUCAAGCGCAAGCUGGACCCCACAGAGCAGUUUGAGUACAUCUCCUCAUCCAGCACCCUCAGCGUCUUCGAGACGGACGUGGAGAGCGGCAGCAUGGACUGGUUUGUGCACACCGCCAAGCAGUAUGCGCUGGCCGGCAGGCCCCUGGCCGAGCUCUGCGACCACAACGCCAAGGUGGCCAAGGGCUUGGACCGCAACCAGGUGGCUCAAACGUGGACGAUGCUGCGAAUUAUCUAUUCCAGUCUCGGCACCGUGUCGUCUGCCAACCUCAACCACAGCAUGGGGAAAGGCAGCACGGCCCUCCCACUCAUGAACAGUUUUAACCUGAAGGACAUCCCCUCUGGGCUGGGCAGCGAGUCAAGACUGGACCGCAGCAAAGGAGAAAGCCGCACGGAAAACAUCCUCAUGGAUUCCUCCUCCACCCUGAUCAACAACGAGGACAAUGAGGAGACGGAGGGCAGCGACGUCCCUGCGGACUACCUGCUGGGAGAUGUGGAAGCGGAUGAGGACGACCUGUACAUGAUGGACCAUGAGAACCCGCACGCUGAAGAGCAGGAAUACAGCCUUCCCCAGGAAGCCUUUCCCCUGCGCCACGAAAUAGUGGACAACCCGUCAGCCUUGGACCACCUGCAAGACAAGGCUGACUCCCCUCAUGUCAGCGGCAAUGAGGCCGAGACGGUGUCGCUGACACCCGUGGAGUCCUUCUCCCUCAUCUCCAUCUCCCACUCGCUCUACGAGAACCGCCUGCCCUCCGACUUCUUCAAUCCCAUCGUGCGGGACACGCUUCUCUUCUACGCCGAGCAGGGUGACGUGCAGACGGCCGUGUCCGUCCUCAUCGUGCUGGGGGACCGCAUCCGAAAGGAGAUCGACGAGCAGACCCAGGAGCACUGGUACACGUCCUACAUCGACCUGCUGCAGCGCUUCCAGCUCUGGAACAUCUCCAACGAGGUGAUCAAGCUGAGCACGUGCCGGGCUAUCAACUGCCUCAACCAGGCUUCCACCACCCUGCACGUCAACUGCAGCAACUGCAAACGGCCCAUGAGCAACAGGGGCUGGAUCUGCGACCGGUGUCGGCAGUGUGCCAGCAUGUGCGCCGUCUGUCACCACGUGGUGAAGGGGCUCUUCGUCUGGUGCCAGGGCUGCAGCCACGGUGGCCACCUCCAGCACAUCAUGAAGUGGCUGGAGNCCCCCCCCCCCGCCCCCGCCGCCUCGGGCCACCUCUGCGAGUACGCCUGAGCCCCUCGACGACUGGCGGAGCCGGCAGGGCGGACAGCCUGGGCCUCCUGCCUCGCCCCCUCCCUCCCUGUAUUUAUUUUGGGGUGAAGAGGGGCCCUGUGUGUGCCCCCUCGCCCCCUGCCCAGCCCUUUUUGUACUGGAUUA